AUGUUGAACGAAGUAUUUGAUCAAGUGUUGAGUAACAAAGAUGAAGUCAAUGUUCCAUUGUCGAGAUCAAAGGUUUUGAAACCGAGCACCGAAGAAGCAGAGAAAAAGCAGAGGAAGCGGAAGAAUGACAGUAUUGACGAAAUGCCAGUGAAGAAGAAAAAGGAAUUAGAGUGGAGACCAGAAGAUUGCGCAAAACCAGUUGGCAAAUUGAUUAACUCUACUGGUGUGGGAAGAAAUAAGAAAUGCCAUUACGAGAAAUUCGAGUUUCGAGACCAACAAUAUGGACUGGAGGAUUCAGUGCUAUUGAUUCCAGAGGACGUAAGCCGAAAGCCCUAUGUUGCGAUCAUAAAGGAUAUUUAUGUACAAGGCAAAGAAGGACACGUGAAGCUUGAAGUGCAGUGGUUUUAUCGUCCAGAAGAUGUAGAAAAAAAAUAUGUUAAGUGGGAAUCCAACGAUGCAAGGGACUUAUUCUAUAGUUUCCAUCGCGAUGAAGUGUAUGCUGAAUCUGUGAAGCACAGUUGCAUUGUGUAUUUCGUGCCAGAGAAUAUGCAAAUUCCAGACAGUAAAAAGCACCCAGGUUUUAUUGUUCAAAAUGUUUAUAAUACUAUUAAGAAGAAGCUGUGGAAGUUCACUCAUGAUGGUUUCAACAAGCAGCAAAAACAUGAGAUUAAUCUUCUUGUGGCAAAGACGAUCUCGCGAGUUGGUGAUCUUCCUGACAUUGAGAAGGAGCAAAAACAUGAGAUUAAUCUUCUUGUAGCAAAGACGAUCUCGCGAGUUGGUGAUCUUCCUGACGUUGAGAAGGAGCAAAAGACUUUGAAGACGUCAAGACGUUAUAAGUCAAUCUUGGAGAAGUUUGAUAUGUUAACCGGUGAUUUGGAUCGUGACAAGAAACUGGAAGAGCUUCUGGAAGCAGUUAAGCACAAGUGUCGUUUAACUGAGAAGAAGCAAGCUACUGAUUAUGAUUCUUUCUGGCCAGAUGAUGUUGUUCCCGUGGUGCGUGCUCUCGAGCAGGUUUUUUAUGAUUCUAUGUCGAAAGAUAUACCAGAGUAUAAUCGCAAGUUGGAGGUGCUAGUUGAUAAACUCAAGGUUAGUUUAACUCAUUUGUCUCCUUCUCUCUUUUGUGUGUGUGUGCAUGUGCUGCUUGGAAGCCCUAAAAUUUGA